CAGCAAGGAGUCAACAACACACUUGGCGGUGGGCGAAGUUGAGCUAUUGCAGGCGAGCAAGUAUAGUGCACCACAGGCGGGACCAAAGUUGCUGGCUGGACCGCGGCAUUACUCACACAGGGACCGAGCGCGUGGGAGCGUGCGUGCGUCUGCACCGUUGAGGCUGCAGCGCUUCAACAGUAAACGAGUGCGCCAUGAUCGAAAGAAUGGCCAAGAGUGCUCUCGGUGGGAGUAGCAGCAGCAGGAGUGCACCGCAGCGCCUGUUGCGCGCCGUCGAGACCUACACGGCACGGGAUCCCGUUCGAGCAACGCUCAAGGGCCUCGUGCACCACGGCCGCCACGCCAGGAGCAAGUUCGUGUCUCACCACCUCCGUGACCAGCUAUGCGUGAGGCUGUCCCACCAGAUGCGAAGGCUGGAGCUUUUCCCCCGACCUGCGGGCACAAGCACCCACUACCUCGACCAGCUGUUUCGGGUGCACGCCGCUACGUUCCAGGAGCUGCUCGAUGCGGGGAGCGUGGUGGAACGAAUGUUGCCACACGGUACAAGGGAGGACUCUCUGCAGCGGCAGCGGUGCGACCCUCUCGAUGACUUCCGCCGCACCGUCGACGCCGUCAACAACCGACACGCCCCAAACGUCGAAACUUUGAUGGAGGCCAAACGAGAGGCGUCGAGGGGGGCCGGGGGCGUGGGUCCCGAGAGCGAGAACCAUCUGCAGGGCCUCGUCGAUGACUUUCUCCAGAUGCAUAUCAGCUUCCAGCUCCUGUGCAGACACUUCCUCCAGUCUCUCAAGCCAUUGGAUCUCGAAAACUCCAACAAGAGGACUGGGCUCGUGGCGGAAGAGUGUCUGCUGAGCGACGUCAUCGCCGAUGCUAUCGGCGAAACUCAGCUCAUCACGGAACACCAUCUCGUGCACUCGCCAGACGUAUGCAUUGAGGGGGACGUUGACGCUCGAGCCAGCUGCAUCCCGAGCCACGUGCACCACAUCCUGUUCGAGGUGCUCAAGAACGCCCUCAAGGCCACCACCACGGCGCACGCCAGCGUCGCCGACACUCUUCCCCCCGUGCGCGUCCGGAUAGCACAGGUCGUGGUGUGAUGUCAGCUGUCGGCAAAUAUCUGUCACUGUCUUUGGCAAUCUUUGCAUUUGUAUGUGAUGUGUCGGGAACGGGAUGGACUGCUUGUUGUUUUUUGUGUUGUGUUUCCGUUUUUGUCCUUUUUUUUGUUGUAUUCCUCAUAUUUUUUUUGGCCACCAAUAGUUCUAAGGCGUCAAUGGUUUCAAAUCGUUCGGGGCUGGUGGCCGUGGCCAUGAUUGUUUGUCCUUGCUGGUCGUGUUUCCUGAAAGACGCCCUUUUCUUGCCUCCGGUAGCAGUGUGAUGUGGUGAUGCGAUGGGUGCUGGCGUCGUUUCCUCACGAAAAACUUUCGUUAAAGUCGAAAGCAACGCGACAGCGAGAAAGAGAGAGAGACAGAGAGAGACAGACAGAGACAGAGACAGAAACAGAGACAGAGACAGAGGCAGAGGCAGAGACAGAGAGAGAGGCAGAGAGACAGAGAGACAGAGACAGAGAGAGAGAAAGACAGAGAGACAGAGAGACAGACACACACGCAAAGCAGAUCAAACACAAAACACCGCUACAUUGUUAAUUAUGUCGGUCCAAUAAUGGUGCAUGGUCUCGCUGCCACCACUCAUUCGCGCGGUCUCUUGUUCUUGAUCAUUCACGCCAUAAUAUUUUGAGCGAAAACUGUUAAUUCUACGGGCUCGUGAGGCGAUAAACAGGGCAAGAGACAAGUGAGCGUCUGCGUGUCGGACCAGGGCGGAGGGAUGGCCAUGGACACCGCUCGCGACGCCUUCAAGUACCUUUGGACCUCUUCCGAGACGUACGAUGAGGUGCAAGCGAAGCACGCCGCGAACGCGUCCUUCCAGCCGGCGAUCGACCCCUUGUCCGGCAUGGGCAUCGGGCUGCCCGUGAGCAGAUUGUACGCGCGACACUUCGGCGGCGACCUUCGGAUGCUGUCCCUCCAAGGCUACGGGACCCACGUGGGGUUGUUCCUGCCAUUGGGGUCAGACGGAGUCGAGAGGUUACCUGGCUGACCCCCUACCCAUGCCGAUGCGGAUCAUCACUAGUCUAGUAUACUAUUUUGUUGUCUGUGCCGCCGGUGACGUCUACCACCUACAACACGCCAAUAGUAUUAGCCUCCCUCAUGACACCCCCCCGCGGGGACCCAGAUUAUGGCCUUUGUGAAGCAU